AUGGCGCUGACGUUGCCCGUGAGACGGUGUCUCCUGUUACUGACGUGGGUCGCCUUAGCGGGCUCCCUGUGGAACCAUAGGAGAUGUGCUCGAGAGAGCAUGGCCCCAAGCCAGGAACCGGUCCCUUGGAGCGUUCCUUCGGGGGGCAUCCGGCCGCUCGGGGAAGAGCCCCCUACGGCGGUGUGGAGGGGGGGCGAAUACCAGCUGGAGACAGCCAGUGCUGAGAGCGGGGGGGAAGCGGUGGAUGAGAAGCAGCAAAGACGUAUGGGCAGCAUUCAAAUAGAGAGCAAAGCAAACGCCGAGAGCGUCCAAGAGGAAAACACAGAGGCAAUUGACAGUCACAAAGAAGAGGAUCGUGAUACGGACAAACAGUUUGAAAUACGGGAGAAGGUCGCGUCACAGGAAACUGAUAACGGAGAAGAAAGGACAGAGGAACAGGAUACACAAGCUGACAGGAGCACUCACGAAGAAGGCAAACAAACGGACGAGCUCUCCGAAGAUCAGGGACUCACCCAACGGAACGCCUCCACGUGUCCUCCCGCACCCGCCGGCGGCCCUCCGCGCUUCUACCCCGCGCCGCGCGGCCGCACGCGCGCGCCCACGUGCGCGUGCACGCCGGUCGCGCCGUUUAUUCUGCUGUCGAUGCAGCGGUCCGGCAGCGGCUGGUUCGAGACGCUUCUGAACAGCCACCCGCACGUGCGCAGCCACGGGGAGGUUUUCAGUAAGAAAACGUGGCGUGGCGCGCGCGAGCGCGCGCGCCUGGAUGACGUGUACAACCUGGGGCGCGUGGCGCAGGAGACGGAGUGCCUCCGGGCGGUCGGGUUCAAGUGGAUGCUCAACCAGGGCGUAAUGGAUCACUGGCAGGACUGGCUUGAGUACGUGCGCGCGCACGGCGUGUCCGUCGUGGUGCUGUUCCGGCGGAACACGCUCCGCCGGAUGGUGUCGGUCGCGGCCAACGGGUACGACAAGCAGGCCAAGCUGGUGGACGGAGAACAGCACAAGAGCCACGUGCACUCCGCCGAGGAGGCGGAAAAGCUGGCGGAGUACAAGCCGGAGCUGGACCCCCGCACUCUGGUUGCCAAGCUGCGGUCGGUGCAAGCGACGCAGGAGGGCGCGCUGCGCAUGCUGGCAGGAACGCGCCACGUGGUGCUCUAUUAUGAGGACGUCGUGGCGGAUCCCAGUAUGGUGGACCGCGUGCAAGACUUUCUGGGCGUGGCCCCCCGCCCGCUGCGGAGCAAGCAGGUGCCUAUUCACACCCAGGGUUUGGAACACCACGUGGCCAAUUGGGACCAGGUCGCGGCCGCGCUCGCGGGCACGCCGUACGAGGCGAUGCUGUACGAGUAG